GAAAAACACCAAAAUAAUGCUCGCAGUUCACGAACUGCUCGCCGUGAGAGAGACGAGACGUCAAUUAUAUUCUCUCUGGCCACUCUCUGGCAGACGAGACGUCAGCCCGAAACAGUUGGCAAGCAGUCGACGUCAUGCAUCGAAUAUCCGGUUUGUGAACCUUUCGCUUGACAAGGGAAGAAAUGAACGAACGCACUGGGGCUAUCGUAAACACUUGUAAAGUUUAGGCAAUUUUUUUUCUAUCGUGAUCAGCGGUGAACUAGAUAUGCAAAUGACAAUGUUUAGAUUUCAGUUGUUUACGCAGUUCUUUUAAUAUAUUCCUUUCAACACAUCAAUGUGCUACGAUGAAGAGCGACGUGAAUAUGCUUUCAGUCAUUGCAUUAAAUCUUUGCACAGUCAACCAAUGCGCUACGGUAUUCGAAGGUUUUGCAUCUGAUAUUAUCAAUCACACAUGGUAAAUGUAGGUAUUAGCAUCAAAAGUUUCCGGAAAGAAAAUCCUUGUCACAAGACGGCAUUACAUCCUAUAAGCGCUAUAACUUGAAGAAAUGUUAAUACAAACUCAACCGCAAUAUUUGGAUCUGCUAUAUUUGUUUAUCAACACCAUAAAAUUUCAAAGCGUAUGUAGUGAGCCGUUUUAUUUUUUUAUAAUUUCAACGUUAGACUCUGCAGGACGACAACACGAAAAGAGGCCAGAUGCUAGACUGACAUACGAAACGAAAAUAAAAAUAUAAUAUGACAGGACAUAUUUAAGUUUUCCUUUUGAAGUUAAUUUUAAGCUCAUUAAUUUUUUGUCGUCGACAUAUUUGCAGUAAUCAAUAUGUUGAUUACCAAACUCUCACAUGAAAGAAACUUAUGAAAUGUCCUGGAAACCUCCAAAGAGAACUUUACAAAAUGUUCCUAAAGUGAAACUGACUUACGGUCAUCCUCUUCCUGAAAACGUUGAUGAUGCAACUCCAGUAAAUGAUAUUGUUGGUGCUGAACAAUCACAUUUUCAAUUUUCAAGAAAUGGUGCCUGGUCGUAUUCUAAUUUUAAUUCCACAUUACCUGUGGCAUCACAAACAUUGGAAGAAAGUUAUCUGGAUAGAUUUAACAAAAUUUCAGAAUUUGACCAGGAGGAUGAUUCUGAUUUGGAACAAACACUAUUCUCUGAGUUUGGUGGUACAGAUGGAUCCAGUUUGGACAACAGUAGUGCUAGUUUUUUGUCAUGGGCUGAUGAAAUUGAAGUACAAGGAGCAGCAAAAACUAGAGAAUUAUUUGAAGAAUUGGAAAUGGCAUUAUAUGGUGAAGAGUCUGCUAAGGUGAAAGAUGAAGAGCUUUCAAGUGAAUGUAUGGCCUGGAAAAGCAGUCACAUUUAUUUAAGAGUAAUAGGAAAACAGCCUUCUUUUGUUGACUCAACAUCAGUUCAUCUAAAAGAAUUGGUAAAUGAAUACAGUGGAGAUAACGAAGAAGUUAUUGCUAGUCAUGGGUUUGUUGAAGAUUUCUUGAAAAUUGAAACCUCUGCUGAGAGUGGUGAUUCUUUAUCUACUCCCAGUUCUGACCAAAGUGGAAAUCUGACUGAAAAAGUAAAAACGACUGCUCUGGAACAACUUACGUUUCAUGCUCUAUCAGAAGCUCUAAAGUCAUUUGAGCAAGACCAAUGCAGGGAGUAUGCAGAGGUCAGGCAGAACAUAGUCACUCCACCAGCUGAAGAUGCUGUUUCAACUUUAGCAAAUCUUAGUGAAGAUUUAGGUCGAGCUUUACAAAUAUCUGGUAGAUCCAUUCAUCGAUCUCCAAAAACAUUGAAUUCAGAAAUGGGAAAGAAAAUGCAUAUAUCUGGUGAUCAAACUGAACCUAGUGUUCAACCAAAACGAUUUUUAUCUAACAUCAAUGUCAUACCAGAAGACAAAAUUUAUAUUACACCUGAAAAUUCAUUUGCAGUUUUAGGAUUUCCAAAACCUUUAAAUUCAGAUUUUUUUAACACUAAAACAAAAAUGUUGGAAAAGAGAGGAUUUCAUAGUGCUGCCGAUAGAAAGAGACCUGGAAUAUUGGAUAGAAGAUUUAGCUGUAUAAGUCCAGAGUAUGAUAAACUGUUAAAGCCAUCUCAUGAAAAUGAAGAUAAUAUGGAAAAUUCAUCAGUUAUUGUGAAUUCAAAACAAAUCUCAGCUCCUAAUACUCCACUGAAAUUAUUACGUCAUUUAACAUUACCUCCUAUUCAGAAUUUAAAUUCUUUCAAUAAGAUAUCAGAAAAUUCCCAUGAAAAAUCUCAAUCAUCUCUGACACACAUCAGGCGCAUAUUUGUGAAAAAUAAGGUGUCAUUGUCUCCUCUUCCCAAUACAGUAAACAUAUCAGGAGGGGUAAAUGAGUUACAAUUGGCAAAGAAAUUGUUGGAUAGCACACCUGAUUCAGGGCGGUGGAGUUCAUGUCGCAAAAUAGGUUUCACUGGCAUUCAAAAUGCGAAAUCAAGGAAGAAGGGUCUUGACAACUCCUACUUUGACAACUUGUGAAAUUAAUUGUGAAUCCUGAGAAAUUAUUGUGCAGUAUAAUCAGUCUACUCAUACAAUGCAUUAAUCUCAUUAUUUAAAUUUUUAAUUGUUUAUUGUAAGAAAAGCAGGUUUCAUUAAAGACUUUUUGUAGAAUAUUUUGAACUUACUGUCUUAAUGCACUUUCAUUAGAUCAUGUUAGUUUUUAUUCCAGCUCUGUAGAUUAAUUUGCAGACAACUGUUUAAAAAUAGAUUAAGCAAAAUCCAUUAUUAGUACUACUGCAAAAGUAGUUAACUCUUAUAGAUUAUGGUGCAGUUUUUGAAAGAAUGGUGCUGGUUGUGUUACUUUUGAAGUAUGUGAUUAAAAGAGAUGCUUACACAUGAAUUUUUUUUUUCAUGUGUAUCAAAUGAUAUUAUGAGGUAAAGGAGUACGUGAUAAUCUUGUGUGCCUUAUUAAAUGUUUUGAUGAAACCUGUUUUAUAUUCAAAAUCUCAUUUUAAGUAAAUAAGAACUGGUUAGAAGUUCAAUUUGGUGCCUGUUCAUGUUACUAUUAUUGAAAUGUAUUCUGAAAUGCAUGAAGAGAACCUGUUUGUUACUCUGAAAAUUGUUCAUAGAUUCAUUUAGGAAUUCUUAUUCUCAAUACUUUCACAAUAGUUUCACAAUUAAUUUUAAUUUAGUUCUUUGAAUGUGGUACGAAGUCUUCAUUUGUAACACUGCCAAAAUCACACUCUCCUCUAUUUAGGUGAGAAUGCAUGUUGCAUUUAUUUGUGUAUCUGCAGUCCAUUGGGAUUGUGAUGUGAUGUACUGGAUACUUAAUUUAUCUUGUUACAGUGUUAGUUCAGUAUUUAUAAUGAUUGAUUUUGUAAAUCUUGUUGUACAUUUUUAUUUGCACCCUCACAUUGAGGAAAUAUGAAAAUAUUUUUCAGAACUUCUGUCAUUGAUAGCAAAAUAAAUUAUGUUCAUUAAAUAAAAUUAUUGUAU